CCGCAGUCUCUGGUCAUCUCCUGUACUGUGUCCGCAGUCUCUGGUCAUCCCUGUACUAUGUCCGCAGUCUCUGGUCAUCCCCUGUACUAUGUCCGCAGUCUCUGGUCAUCCCCUGUACUAUGUCCGCAGUCUCUGGUCAUCUCCUGUACUAUGUCUGCAGUCUCUGGUCAUCUCCUGUACUAUGUCCGCAGUCUCUGUCCAUUGUUUUUUUUCUUGUUUUCCUCUAAAAUCUAGGUUUUUCUUAUGGUCAGGUGCAUCUUCUGGAGUGAAAAAUACAGUAAUUUGU